AUGCAGGUCUCAGCUCUUGAAUGUAAGGAAUUUACAGCUUCCGAAGGACAAUAUACACUCAAGGAAAACAUUUUCAUAGAAGCCAGAUUUCCAAAUUUGACCAGUGGAACAUCGGUGUCCAUAGUUUCGGUGAAAUAUAAAGAAUAUUCCAAUCGUCAGAACUCUUCUAAUGCUGAUGGUAACUUAUUAGCGAUAGACCGUGGAGACGAAAAUAUUUCGGAUAUUCGACCGACCUCGGCAACCGAAAGCACUUUGGUGGCCGAAUUGGAUGAACAAGCGGAAUUAGAUAAAUUACAACAACAGGCGGAACCUUUGUCGCCGGUCAUUGAAGGUUCCAAUAUUGGAUCUCCGAUACAAGUUGCAAAGUCACCAACUAACAAUGGGAGUGUUCCGACAGCGAUCGAGGGAAAAAAGGACGACGACGCGUUUUCAGUUUUCAACGUAAUGAAAAGAAAAAAAGCAAAGGGAAAUAUCACCAAGACGACUUCAUCACUUGUGGCUAAAAUGACGCAAAACGAAAACCUGGCGAAGAUUUUGGCGAAUCGACAGAGCGAGGAUACUUAUUUAUUUUUUAACGUAGGGCGAACGUUCUGUUGGAUAGACCUAACAUAUAACCCAAAGGAUCCGUUGUCCAAAAUUGAGUUCACCAAGCAUCCUAUAUGUCAUGAUGUUAAUCUACUCACUCGCUCAUAUGACCAUUUAGACGUUAUAAUUGGGUUUUCGUCUGGCGAUCUAGUUUGGAUUGACCCUUUGUGUAGCAAGUAUUAUCGGCUGAACAAGCAGGGUUUGAUAAACAACACCCCUGUGACGAUGGUAAAGUGGGUGCCCGGUACAGAUAAUUUAUUUAUGGUCUCUCAUCAGGAUGGUUCAAUGAUUUUAUAUGAUAAGGACAGGGACGAUCAGAAUUUUACAUCAACAGUGGGAAACGAAGAAGAAGGGUUCCGAGUGAUAAGGCCAGCAAAAAAUUCUAAACACAAUCCAGUUUCAUACUGGCAAGUCUCAAAGAAAACUGUAACUGCAUUCUCAUUCUCACCGGAUCACCAAUACGUCGCAACUGUUUCGGUGGAUGGUUAUCUAAGAAUUAUAGAUUUCAUGAAAGAAGCAUUAUAUGACGCAUAUAGUAGUUAUUUUGGUGGAUUUUCAUGCGUUUGUUGGAGUCCUGACGGUAAGUAUGUGCUGACGGGCGGUCAAGAUGAUUUGGUUACUAUAUGGGCUUUUCGAGAACAACGCAUUGUCGCUCGUUGUCAGGGACAUCAGUCUUGGGUCACUGGUGUAUCAUUUGAUUCGUGGAACUGUGACGAACGUAAUUAUCGCUUCGGCUCAGUUGGUGAAGACACAAAAUUACUACUUUGGGAUUUCAGUGUGAAUGCAUUACACAAGCCUAAGAGCUCAGGAAGUCAUCGAAGGGCUAGUCUGGCGUCACAAUCACAUACAGCAACCUUCGCAUUGAGGCGAAAUUUGGGCGAACGAGAACAUGUAAAGGACCCAGUGCAUCAUUGCUUGCCUCGUUUAGAAGUUGCAAUUUUACAACCCAUAACGGGAAGGUCAAUUGAUGGGGAGCCACUUUGCUCAAUAACCUUCCGUGAAGACUCGAUCAUAACGACAUGUCGAAAAGGACAUAUAAAAUUGUGGGCAAGGCCCGAUUUUGACAAAAA